GUGUCAUCAUGCAUAUAUAUAUGAUGCAAAGCAAGGAAAUAGAAAUGAUCACAUUAGGCAAAAAAAAGUGUCCAAUACAUUGUUGAGGCAUGGAGAAAAGUAAGUCAUUCCCACAAUAUUCAUCAUCUUACUCUAGUGAAUAUGGUUUCCAGGAUCAAUCAAACUCGUACAUUUUUAAUGGUCCAAGCACAAGGGGUGAAGGAUUUACAGCAUCAAAUGAUCCAGAGCUCAAAAGGAAGAAGAGAAUUGCAGCAUAUAACAUGUUCACAACUGAAGGUAAACUCAAAGCAACUGUAAGGGAAAGCUUCAAGUGGAUCAAGACCAAACUUAGUGAUGUACGUUAUGGUUUCUAGGCUUGUCUUUCUUCUUCCAAUUCUUCUUCGUCUCCUUUUCUUGUUUUGGCUGUGGAGCCUUGGGGAAUUUCUCCAUGCUUGUUAAAGGAUGUAAUUGUGAUUCUGUUUCCUGAUCAGACAAAAAUUUGAUGAAAUGGAGACAGUCGCAUGCGUUAGUUGUAACUUGUGUCACGAAUGCAAAUUCUGUAAGCCUGUCGAGAUGUAAAUUCUUGUUCCUGUUAAUAAGAAACAUCGUGUAUCUUUUCAGAA